AUGAGUGUUCGUCACGCCUCCCACGCCGGCUCGUGGUACACCAGCGACAAGCACAAGCUUAAACUGCAGCUCGCCGGCUUGUUCCAGCAAGCGCUGCUGGUGGUGGGCGACUCGCUGGUCCCUGGGGCCCGGUUUCUCGUCGGGCCCCACGCGGGCUACACCUACCUGGGCGAGCGGUUGGCGGAGACGUUUGCCGCCUGGGACGCCCACUCCACUCGACGCGUGUUCAUUUUGGGCCCCUCCCACCACGUGCUCUACCGGGGGGUGGCCAUGGUGCUGCCGUUUGCCUACUACGACACUCCGUUAGGACGGCUUGCUGUCGAUACUGAAGUCGUUGACGAACUCACCAAGUUGCCAGUAUUCCGCAAAAUGCUGGAGGACGUCGACGAAGACGAACACUCAUUCGAAAUGCACGCCCCGUUCAUCUACUACAAGCACCCGUCGGUGAAGAUUAUUCCCAUCAUGAUCUCAAGCAUGGACGCCAAGUUGUGCCUGGCGCUCGUGGCGGCGCUUGAGCCCUACGCUGCUAACCCGGAAAACACCUUCUGCGUGCUGCUGGACUUCUGCCAUUGGGGGCGCCUGUUUGACUACACCAAGUACAUCGCCGACCGGCCGCUGGGUCCGGUGGAGGACGCGCCGUUGACGUCGUUGCGCUCGGGGUCGCCUCCAGGGAUGCCAUUAUACAAGCUGAUUGAGCUUUUGGACCGGCGGGGGAUGGAUAUCGCCAGCUCAGGGGAUGCGGCGGGCUGGGACCGCUACAUCCAGAAGACGGGCAACACCAUCUGUGGCCAGAAACCCAUCCUGGUAUUGUUGAGACUUCUCCACGGCACUGGCAUCGAGUGGAUCGGCUACUCGCAAAGCAACAAGGCGAAGCUGCUUGCCGACCACAGCGUGUCGUACGCAUCGGGCUACGCCGUCGCGUGA